AGGUGGCGCUAUUCGCCUUAAGGAUGUACGAGUGAGACUGUCGAGGCCUUCUCUUAGUUACUAUUCCUCUGCAUCUUUCAAUCGGCGUUAACUCCAGACAAAAAAUGGAUGUAAACGUAGCGAUUCCAAGGAUAAAGGAAUAAAUCUGCAAUAACUUAUUUUACACCGCACGUAUUGUCUCCUGCAUGGACUGCUGCUAAACUGCUUCCGUGUUGAAGGAACUGCUGAAGAAUAUUACUAUACUCCCUUCACACAGGACAAUGGGGGCAGAGCAGAGCGCUGAUGUAGAACACAAGCACUUGGAUUUAGGCAGUACAGCGGUGCCAUCUCCAGUAAAGCAGAAGGCUAGAAUGGAUGAUAUUGUUGUUGUGACGCAGGGCACACAGAGCUUGCGAAACAUUCACAAUGAUCCAGAUGUGAUCAAGCUGCAAGAGAUUCCAACUUUCCAACCUCUGUUAAAAGGAAUUCUCAGUGGACAGACAUCCCCUACUAGCAGUAAACUGGAGAAGCUAGACUCACAAAACGUUCUUCAAUUAUGCCUUCGUUACCAGGGUCACCUACACCAAUGUGCUGAGGCUGUAGCCUUUGACCAGAAUGCACUUGUGAAAAGAAUCAAAGAGAUGGACUUGUCAGUAGAGGCUCUGUUCAGCAUUAUGCAGGAGAGGCAAAAACGGUACGCAAAGUAUGCAGAACAAAUUCAGAAGGUGAAUGAGAUGUCUGUCAUUCUGCGACGUAUUCAAAUGGGCAUUGAUCAGACUGUGCCUUUAAUGGAAAAGCUUAAUUCUCUUUUGCCGGAAAGUGAACAACUAGAACCUUUCACCAUGAAGCUGGAGAAGGAAACAAAAUAGAGCUGGUCUUCCACAUUCAAAAAAUGAUUUUUGACUUUUGAAAACAUGUUUAGAAUUUCCCUUUAGUUUGUCCUGUAUAGUGUUACAAUAUUAACUGAAAAUCACUUUCAAAUUUGUAUACAAGCCCUAUUUCUGAAAUGAAUAGCACACUCUGCAAACUGCUGUAACUACUGUGGCUUUAACAAUGAAUAUGACAGACAUAAAAGUAACUUUAUAAAG